AUGGGCGAUAUCUGCAACAGCACCCUUGGCUUCGAAAAGAUAUUCAUAAUCGGCCUGCCAUCUCGGUCGGACCGUCGUGAUGGCAUCGUCCUACAAGCCGCGCUGAGCGGCAUCCAAGUAGAGUUCAUUGAUGGCGUUCUCGGCAAAGAUGUCCCUGACAAGGCCAUUCCCAUGGCGUCACCAGACUCCAAGCGCCUUGACGACGGGGCUAUAGGGUGUUGGCGCGCACACAUGAACGCCGUCCGAGAAAUCGUACAUCGGAAUCUAACGUCGGCUCUCAUCCUCGAGGACGACGCCGACUGGGAUAUCAGGAUACGAGACCAGCUCCGUGACUUUGCACUCGCGGCGCACGCACUCACGCAACCGCUCCGCGGCCGCCCGGGCGUGUAUGCUGACCCGACGUAUCCCACGGGAUCUGGCGACGAGCCCGUGACGGGCGGGGAAAUGGACUUCUACCACCUCCCCGCCACCGAGCCCCCGACUACCUCUCCGUACGGCGACGACUGGGACCUCCUCUGGAUCGGCCACUGCGGGAUGCAUUUCCCUUUCCCCCAGAGCAAGACGGUGCCCAAGGCGCGUGUGAUCCGCGUCGCCGACGAGACGGUCGCGCCCAAGAAGAACCUCUGGACCAUCAACAUCCCCUUCACGCUCAAGGAGAAGUACCCGGCGCACACGCGGGCCUACCACCACGUGCAGGAGGGCGUGUGCACGCUGGGCUACGCGCUCAGCCGGCGCGGCGCGCGGCGGCUGCUGCGCGAGGUCGCGCUCCGGGAGGUCGGCGCGCCGUACGACCUGCUGCUGCGCGCCUACUGCGAGGGCGACCGGGGCCGCGCGCCCGGCCGCCAGUGCCUGACCACGCAGCCGAGCCUGUUCCACCACCACCGCGCGGCCGGGCCGGUCAGCGCCAUGAGCGACAUCUCGGACCACGGGCGCAACGGCGAGUUCCGCGAGACGGCCAUGACGGAUAUGGUGCGGUGGAGCGUGCGGUUGAAUGCCGACGCGCUGAUGGAGGGGAGGACCGACUUUGUGGAUCAGUAUCCGGACGAGUGA